AUGCCUCGCAAACACACCCAACAGCGCGGUCCCCGAGACGACCAGGCAAAGAAACGGCCCGCCCAGAACCAGAAGCGAAAAUCCGGAAAGAUUCUAAAUGCCCUUUCCAUCGCAGAAGCUCAAAACCCGACGAGGGCUAAGAUCCGUCGAAGCCGGCUAGCCGGGGAUGAUGACUACUUCAAGCGCAAGCGAAACACCGGCCGAGAUGACGAGGAGGGCUCAGAUGGACCGGACAACAACAAGCGUCGCCGCAUGGGCGAUGGCGAGGGUUCCGAGAUAGACUCUAACGCUGGCAGUGAUGGCGAAGGGCACCAAUGGAAGAUUGGUGUGGAUAGUGAUAAUGAUAGCGAGUUGGAUAGUGAUGAGGCGAUGGGCUCAAGUGAUGACGAGAGAUUCGAAGGCUUCACUUUCCGGGGAAGCUCGACGUCCAACGCUAAGCCGAAAGCGAAAGCCCAGAAGCCGAAGCGAGAGCGGAAGCUCGAUCUAUCAGAAGGCGAGGGCGAGUCUGAUGCAGACGAAGAUAUGGACGAGGACGAUGAUGAGCUUGGAGAGGACGCCAUCGACCUGGUCGCUGCGUGGGAUAUGAAUGCCGCCGAAGAGGAGGCGGGAGCUAAGAAGGCUGCAAAAUCCAAGAAACGCGAUGAGAGUGAAGAAUCCGAAGAGGAUGCUUCUGAAAGCGAAGACGACAGCGAUUCUGAUGACGAAAAGGACAGUUCUGAAUUAGAAAUGUCCGACGACGAAGCUGGUGAAGAUGGACUCUCAAAACUACAGAACUUUGUGGAUUCUAUGGAUACGAGCGCUGCUUCUAAACCGCAAAAAAGAACCAAGAGCGGCCAGGAAAAUCUGAACCCGACGGAGUUUGGACUGGCACCCUCACGAAAACUUACAGUUGCCGACCUCCUUCCAUCCGUUACUGAUGCGCGCCUCAAGAACUCACUCAAACAUGUCGACUCUGCCGUUUCCUCUCAAAAGACCUCUUCGGGAAUCCCUGGAAAACUCGAAGCGCCUCUCGCCAAGAGGCAACAGGGCCGCAUUGACCGAGAAGCGGCAUAUGAGAAGAGCAAAGAGACUCUCGGCCGAUGGAUCGAGACAGUCAAGGCGAACCGUCGGGCUGAACAUCUCAUGUUUCCUCUGCCCGAUCCGGAUGCCCAGAUGACGGAGAGCUUGAAUAUAAUUCAGCCGCAAACUGGCCUUGAAAACACAAUUAAGGAUAUUCUCGUUGAGAGUGGUCUCGCUGAUGCGCAAGGAAAGUCUGCCGAGGAUCAAGUGCAGGAGUUCGAAGAGCUACAAGCGCGCAAACUACCUAUCGAAGAAAUUCGAGCUCGACGAGCCGAGCUGCGCAAGCACCGCGACCUCAUGUUCCGGGAGGAGGUUAGAGCUAAGCGGAUUAAGAAAAUCAAGAGCAAGUCUUUCCGCCGAGUUCAUCGAAAGGAGCAAGAGAGAAUGGAGGACAAGGAGCGGCAAGCUCUCCUCGAUGCUGGGGUAGAUCUAGAGGAACAGGACCGGGAGAAGAAUGAACGACUCAGAGCCGAGGCAAGAAUGGGCAACAAGCACAAGGAGAGCAAAUGGGCAAAGAGUCUGAAGCAGACUGGCAGAACCGCUUGGGAUGAAGACGCCCGACACAGUGCUCUUGAGCUAGCACAGCGGGAAGAAGAGUUACGACAGCGCAUCGAAGGAAAACGCGUGUCCAGAGGUGGUGAAGACUACCUUGGGUCGAGCUCUGAAUCCGACUCCGAAGACGAAAACCCUUGGGAAGAGCAAAACUCCGACACAGAGAAGCGCAAGCUCCUCAAGAAACUCAACAAGCUCGAAGACGGCGGUGCCGCUAAUGAGGAGGCCAAGGGACCGCAUGCCAAAUUAUUGUCUAUGAAGUUCAUGCAGAACGCAGAGGCUGCCCGCAAGGCGCAAAACGACGCCGAAGUCCGCCACUUAAACCGCGAACUACAAGGUGAGGACUCUCAGUCCGAGGCUGAAUCCGAAGAAGGCCGACGCAAGUUUGGCGUCUCCGACAAGAAGGCCGAAAAGGACAAGGGCAAGAAACAGAGCAACCGCAAUGAGUUCGAGGAAGCGCCAGGAUCAGACGAAGAGCCAGAACAUGAUGCUGAACGGGAAACCGAGCCCAAAGCCAAGGGCGCCUCGAGUACCAAGGCUAAAACAACAGCCAAAGCUACCGACAAGCCACGCGCUCCUCCCCAGGCUGAGGCUGCGCCUCAGGACGAGUCUGACGACGAAGAGGACAAUCCUUGGCUCAUGGCAUCAUCAGGAAACAAACGCCGCUCAAAAACAAACGACGCCCAGCAAACCGUCGACAUCAUCCCCGACAGUACAGCCCCGGCGAAAUCCAACUCUAAAAAGCCUGCUGCUGCUGCAAAGACCAAGGCGCCGGCACGCCAGAACAAUGCGCAGGAAGAAGCCGACAGCGAGGACGAAGUCCCCGUGCUUCUCAAAAACCACGAUCUCGUGAAGCGAGCAUUCGCCGGAGACGAGGUAGUCCAAGAGUUCGAACAAGAGAAGCUUGACACCGUCGAAGACGAAGGCGACAAGGUAAUCGACGAAACCCUUCCCGGCUGGGGCAGCUGGACCGGCGACGGGGUGAGCAGGAAGGAAAAGCAGAGGCAGAAGCGCAUCUUAACCAAGGUCGAGGGAAUCAAGCCCGAAAAGCGGAAGGACGCCAAACUCUCGCGCGUCAUCAUCAACGAGAAGCGCAUCAAGAAGAAUAACAAGUACCUGGCCAAUCAACUCCCUCACCCCUUCGAGUCGAAACAGCAGUACGAGCGAUCUCUCCGUAUCCCUAUCGGUCCGGAAUGGUCUACAAAGGAGACUUUCCAGUCGUCCACCAAGCCUCGCGUUAUGGUCAAGCAGGGUGUCAUCAAGCCUAUGGAGAAGCCGAUGGCUUAG